UAGAAUAAUAAUUUAAUGGAUAACUAUAGAUACCAGAAGAGCAAUGGUUUAGAGCAUAAAGAAGUCACAACCUUGUUUAUGACUCUUAGGUAUGCAAACCUUGCAAUUGUUGUUGGUCUUAUUGGACUUAUAUUGCAUGAAUGGGAUGAUGAAUCUAUCAGGACUUUAUUUGCACCAGCUGUGUUCUUCUUAAUGAUUCCAAGCAUUAUUUUUCAAAUUUAUCCAGAUAUCAGAUUUAGCUCAAUUUUCAAAACUAUUGUUUCUACAAUUCUUGCUCUUACUGCUGGUUUUGCAAUUUUACUCUUUGUUAUCUUCAUGCAAACAGGUGACUUCAUUGGAAAUUUGUUAGCCGGGUUUGCUAUGAUCAUUAUCUUCUUCCCAACUAUGCUUCUGAACGGAACAUUACUGUUAGCCUUGAGCACAGGAUCAGAAAGCUCAGAAGUAAAAUGCAUUAUUACACCUCAGGAGCACCUGAAAAUCCAGCCAUUGAUGAUCUAAUGCACUAGGCACGCUGAUCCAUCUUAA